UAAAAUCAAAUAUCUUAGCUGUAUUAUAUUAUAUAUUUCAUUUCCUUGCCUCCAACUGACCAAACCUUAAAAACACUUUAAGAAAUCAAGGCUACACUUUCUUGUCUGCAAUGACAAUAAGCUAUUACUGAGCUUUGAAGUUUUAUAUAAUUGUUUUUGGGUUCUCAAAUUAUGGCUGCUUUCCUCUUAGCUGCAUCCUUGCCCAAACAGAGGUUUCCUACCCCAUUAGUAAGGACCCCAACUAGAAUUCCUGCAAGCAUUCACUUGCUUCAAUUGUGCCAAAACUAUCAGGAAGUUAAACAAUUACACACGCAGUUGGUUGUGACAGGUCUCCUUGACUGUUAUCCAAAUGCUGGGAGGCUCCUCGAGUCAUAUGUUAAAACGUCACAAAUCAACUCUGCCUUAUCAAUCUUUCAUAGACUACCUUCUCCUGAUGUAUUUGCCUACAACACCAUGAUCAGAGGCUUUACACUCUGUAAGUGCCCACAUGAAUCUCUCUUACUGUAUAAUAAGCUGUUACUAGAUGGACUAACCCCAGACAAUUACACUUACACCUUUGUCCUUAAAGCAUGUUCCCAUUUGGAAGCUCUUUCCGAAGGUAAACAAGUGCAUAGCCAGAUAAUAAAAGCUGGAAUAGCACCUGAUACCCACAUUCAUAGCUCACUAAUCCAUAUGUACACAAAUUCAGAUAUCAUUGCUUGUGCAGAGCGUGUUCUUGCAGAAUUCUCGGAAGAGAACACGCAUACCAAGAACGCUAUAAUCUCUGGGUACCUAAGUAAAGGUCAUGUAGAAAAGGCUAGAAGAAUGUUUGAUACCAUGGAAGCAAAAGAUGUUGCAUCUUGGAGUGCAAUGGUUACAGGAUACACCAAGAAUGAUAUGUAUUUAGAGGCUUUAGGUGUCUUUCAUGAAAUGAUGGAUUCCCAAGUGCAUCCAAAUGAAUCAACACUUGUGAGCUCAUUGUCUGCUUGUGCUCAUUUGGGGGCACUGGAUCAAGGAAGAUGGAUACAUGCAUAUCUUGAUAAAGCUGGGGUGAAGAUUGGUGUUACCUUGGGUACUGCUCUCAUUGAUAUGUAUGCCAAGUGUGGUAGCAUCAGAUGUGGCUAUGAACUCUUUCAAAAAAUGCCUCAAAAAGAUAUAGUAACAUGGGGAGUCAUUAUAUCUGGUUUUGCCUUGCAUGGACAAGCUGAAAAAUGCUUUCAACUGUUUGAUGAGAUGGUUGCUAGUGGAACUUAUCCAAAUGAAGUGAUCUUUGUGGCUGUAUUAUCUGCUUGCUCCCAUGCUGGAUAUGUGGAGCUUGGACAUCACUAUUUCAAUCAAAUGAUUCAUGAUUUUGGGAUUAGGCCUUCGAUUGAGCAUUAUGGAUGCAUGGUUGACCUCCUUGGCCGUGCUGGGCAGUUGGUAGAAGCAGAAAAGUUCAUCAUGUUGAUGCCGGAAGAACCCAAUUCAAUUAUAUGGGGUGCAUUACUUAGUGCUUGUCGAACCUAUGGUGACGUAAGGAGAGGAAACCAUGCUUUCAGACACCUCAUUGAGCUUGAGCCACUGUCAGGUGACCGAUAUAAACUAGCAGGGCUCAUGUUGACUAGUGCGGGUGAAAAAGCGGAUGCAACCAAAAUUAGAAAAUUCAUCAAGAAAAAUGACUUGGAGACAACAUGUGGUAUGAGUUUUGUUGAAAUAGAUGGUGUUGUCCAUGAGUUUGUAGCAGGUGAUAUAGACCAUAGCAAGCUUAGAGAGAUCAACAGGCUAUUGAAGGGUUUGAUGGCAAAUUAGAAAUGCCCAAGUUGAAGAUGGCAUCUAAUUUGCCAAUACUCUCGAUCAGGACUCGGAUGGCCAAAC